AUGAAAGAAUUUAUUUGUUCAACUAUUGAACGAGGUGUGAUACUGAAAUGUAUUCGAGAUCGAAAACGUUUGGAUUGUCGGACGAUUGAUGAAACUCGAUCAGUUAAUAUCGACUUUCGUUCGCAUCCUGGCUACGUUUCAGUUACUCUCGGUCAAACGCAUGUGAUUGCUCAAGCAUCGUGUCGAAUCACUAAACCGAAAGAAUCGCGGGCGUCGGAAGGAAACAUUCGCAUUCAUCUUGAUAUGUCGAAAAUUCCAUUGAUAAAUCUCGAAAAUUGGAAACAUCAGGAAUUUGUACAAGAACUAAAUGGCAUUCUCGAACAAAAUAUUCGCCAAUCAAAUUGUGUUGAUUUAGAGUCUUUGUGUAUUAAUGCUGGAGAACUAGUUUGGUCAAUCAAAAUCGAUCUCACUCGACACUUUGCUCGUUGUAUCAUUAUCGUUUACCCGAAGUUUCUGUUCAUGGUUCGGACAUCCUAUUCAUCCGUCGAACGUCGGCCACAUCCACUACGUAUUCUUCACUUUCCAAUAAAUGUUCUAUUUGCGUUCUUUAUCGACGGACGGAUCACUCUGAUUGAUCCGCAUUGCGAUGAAGAACGUUUCAUGGAUGGAUUUGUUUCAAUCUCAAUGAAUCAACAUAAGGAAAUAUGUGGCAUUCAUAUGGGAGGAAAGUUAGGUUUGAAAAGAGAGCAAGUCGAAAUUUGCAAGAAAUUGGCAUUUCACAAAGUCUUGGAGCUAACUGAACGAAUUCGACAAGUUGUUUUGGAUUACUACAAGAAAAUCGAGCCGAUAACACAUUCCCAGCCAUCGAUCGUUCGUAUUGACACUGAAGAAGAUGAGGAAGACGAUGAAAGUCAUACGAGCGAUAAUGAAGAUGUUGUUUUGAUCAAAUCCGAUAUACCACCAUCACCUAUCGAGAGCAAUAUUUCAUUGUUACAAAUGGCGGAUAUCAAUCGCCUAUCCAUUACCGAAGAUGAUCCAACUGGUGCACUGACAAAUAACGAUAAUUCCACGAGUGAUAACGAGAAUGAAGACGAACAAGACAAUCAAUAG